AUGGUUCAACAAAUAGAAGGGAUGCGUGAUAUCAUUACAGAGAAACACGUGUGGCAUCUAAGUGAUAAAGCUAUCAAGAAUGUCUAUUUGUUCUACAUCAUGUUCACUUGUUGGGGAUGUCUGUACUUUGGUUCCGCAAAAGAUCCAUUCUAUGACUCGGAGGAGUACCGUGGAGAUGGAGGUGAUGGAACUGGAUACUGGGUCUAUGAAACUCAAGAGGACAUAGAAGAGAAAGCAAGAGCAGAGCUAUGGCGUGAAGAGCUUAUCGAAGAAAUUGAACAGAAAGUUGGUGGUUUAAGAGAGCUCGAAGAAGCUGUUACCAAGUAGACAACUAACUUGUAAAUCAUAAACAAAUUAUGCAUAUAUAUAUAUAUAUUUAGUUUCUUUGAUAACGGUCAUAAACCACUCUGACAUUUAUAUAAUAUAUAUGUUAUUGUAUCUUUGUUGUGUUGCGUGUUUCUGAAUUAUGGAAUGAACAUGUUAGGAGCAAUGGUCUCAUACAGAUUUUUGUCUCAGUUAUAUAAAUAAAUAACUACUCAGUUGGGG